AUGGAGGAUGAAAGGCGAGGAAAUUGUCCAGAAAGUAGUACCAUGGCGACCUCAACAUCAUUAUCUACAAUGUCAAUCAUUCCAAAUAAUAAUAAUAAUAAUAAUAAUAAUAAUAAUAAAGAACAAGAUCGGUUCCUUCCUAUAGCUAAUGUGGGUCGAAUCAUGAAGAAGGUAAUCCCAGGAAAUGGAAAGAUCUCCAAAGAUGCAAAAGAAACGGUUCAAGAGUGUGUAUCAGAAUUUAUAAGCUUUGUUACUGGAGAAGCAUCUGAUAAAUGCCAGCGUGAGAAGAGAAAGACAAUCAAUGGUGAUGACAUUAUAUGGGCCAUCACAAUUCUCGGAUUUGAAGAUUACGUUCUCCCUCUUAAACAAUAUCUUAACAAAUAUAGAGAAUUAGAAGGUGAAAAGCUAAAUGUUCCAAAGCAGAACCAACCACAACAACAUGAUCAGAAUCCAACUUUUUCAUACAACAGUGUAUAUUCUCCUACAGGCCUUCUUCCCCAAACUUCAUUUGUUCCAACAGAUCAACCUUUUCCUUUGCCUUUUUCCCCCAACUCAAUUCAGUCACAAUUACCUAAACAGGAACACGUUGAUUCUUUGGGACACUGGUAA